AGUAGGACACGACUGACCGACUAAGCACAUCGUAUUAGCCUGCACUUUCAGGGAGGUGAUGGCUGGGGUGGGAAGACACAUGAAGGGGGAAGAAAUGAGAACACAGGGGAAACACUAGUGCUGCAACACUAAAUCCUCGGGCUUCCCUACAGACAACUGGUUUCUCCCCCGCCCUUUAGUUUAAAAUAGAUAAAUCUGAAGCAGCACAACGGCUUCAGAGGUUUCCCUUGAUUCGUGGUUUUUACUAAGCAAACGAAUGCAGUCAAACGAUCUGCUUCAAACGUAGGUAGAAAUGAGAGAUGAAAAAGAAAAUCAUAAAACAACUCUAACGCCGCAGUGAAGCUGUGACAGGUCAACACUAUCCACUCAAGCCCAAGAUGGCCGGGCAAGGACCGGAGCCGACUGCCCGCCCAAGAGCAACUCUCCUCGCCAGGGGCCCAACCGCGGGGAAGUCAGGGGCCUCACCACACCCCCUCAUGUCACCAAUUACGCAAUUCCGCGCACCCGCAAACGUGCUGCAGCGUGCCAGCUCCGCCCCUAGCCCCUCCCCCCGAAAAACGGGGCGACCAGCGCCGCAAGUGAAGCAUGCUGGGACCAGCUCUCAAGCCUCCCGGCAGCCCCUGCGACGGGCGCGGUACGUCAGGAUCUGGCCAGCGGCGGCCGUUCUCCGUAAGAUGGCGGACCGGCGGCGGCAGCGCGCUUCGCAGGACACCGAGGACGAAGAAUCUGGUGCCUCCGGCUCAGACAGCGGCGGUUCCCCGGCGCGGGGCGGCGGGAGCUGCAGCGGUAGCGUUGAAGGCGGCGGCAGCGGCUCUCUGCCUUCCCAGCGCGGAGGCCGAGCUGGGGCCCUUCAUCUGCGGCGAGUGGAGAGCGGGGGCGCUAAGAGCGCUGAGGAGUCGGAGUGUGAGAGUGAAGAUGGCAUCGAGGGCGAUGCUGUUCUCUCGGAUUAUGAAAGUGCAGAAGAUUCAGAAGGCGAUGACGGGGAGUACAGUGAAGAGGAAAACUCCAAAGUGGAGCUGAAAUCAGAAGCCAAUGAUGCUGCUAAUUCUUCAGCAAAAGAUGAGAAGGGAGAAGAAAAGCCUGACACCAAAGGCACUGUGACUGGAGAGAGGCAAAGUGGGGAUGGACAGGAAAGCACAGAGCCUGUGGAGAACAAAGUCAGUAAAAAGGGCCCUAAACAUUUGGAUGAUGAUGAAGAUCGGAAGAACCCAGCAUACAUACCCCGGAAAGGGCUCUUUUUUGAGCAUGAUCUUCGAGGGCAGACUCAGGAGGAAGAAGUCAGACCCAAGGGACGUCAGCGAAAGCUGUGGAAGGAUGAGGGUCGCUGGGAGCAUGACAAGUUUCGGGAAGAUGAACAGGCUCCAAAGUCCCGACAGGAGCUCAUUGCUCUUUAUGGCUAUGACAUCCGCUCAGCUCACAAUCCUGAUGAUAUCAAACCCCGAAGAAUCCGGAAACCUAGGUUUGGGAGUCCUCCACAAAGAGAUCCAAACUGGAUUGGUGAGCGGCCAAGUAAGUCUCACCGCCACCAGGGUCCUGGGGGCACCCUACCACCCAGGACAUUUAUCAACAGGAAUGCUGCAGGUACUGGCCGCAUGUCGGCUCCCAGGAAUUACUCUCGAUCUGGAGGCUUCAAGGAAGGUCGUACUGGUUUUAGGCCUGCAGAAGCUGGUGGACAGCACGCUGGCCGGUCUGGUGAGACUGUUAAACAUGAGACUAAUUACCGGUCUCGGCACUUGGAGCAGACUCCUGUAAGGGAUCCAUCUCCAGAAGCAGAUGCUCAAGUGCUUGGCAGUCCUGAGAAGGAAGAGGUAGCCCCUGAGAUACCAAAUCCUGCUCCUGAUACUGCACCACCAGCUCCUGACAGGCCUGUUGAAAAGAAAUCCUAUUCCCGGGCAAGAAGAACCAGAAUCAAAGCUGGAGAUGCAGGCAAGGUUGCAGAGGAGGUGCCCCCUCCACCCGAAGGGCUGACCCCAGCACCUCCAGUUCCAGAAGCUACACCUCCUACGCCUGUUAAGACUGGAAACUGGGAGGCUCCAGUGGAUUCUACUACAGGGGGUCUUGAACAAGAUGUGGCACAACUAAAUAUAACAGAACAAAAUUGGAGUCCAGGGCAGCCUGCCUUCCUGCAGUCACGGGAGCUUCGGGGUAUGCCCAACCACAUACACAUGGGAGCAGGACCUCCACCUCAGUUCAACCGGAUGGAAGAAAUGGGUGUCCAGGGUGGGCGAGCCAAACGCUAUUCAUCACAACGGCAAAGACCUGUGCCAGAGCCCCCUGCCCCUCCUGUGCAUAUCAGCAUCAUGGAAGGACAUUACUAUGAUCCAUUGCAGUUCCAGGGACCAAUCUAUACCCAUGGUGACAGCCCUGCCCCACUGCCUCCUCAGGGCAUGAUUGUACAGCCAGAAAUGCACCUUCCCCACCCAGGUUUACAUCCCCAUCAGACACCGGCGCCUCUGCCCAAUCCAGGCCUCUAUCCCCCACCAGUAUCCAUGUCUCCAGGGCAGCCACCACCUCAGCAGUUGCUUGCUCCUACUUACUUUUCUGCUCCAGGCGUCAUGAACUUUGGUAACCCCAGUUACCCUUAUGCUCCAGGGGCAUUGCCUCCCCCACCACCUCCUCAUCUGUAUCCUAACACACAGGCCCCAUCGCAGGUAUAUGGAGGAGUGACCUACUAUAACCCCGCCCAGCAGCAGGUGCAGCCAAAGCCCUCCCCACCCCGGAGGACUCCCCAGCCAGUCACCAUCAAGCCCCCACCGCCUGAGGUUGUAAGCAGGGGUUCCAGCUAAUAGGAAUUUCUGAAUAUUUUAAAUCUAAUAUCAAAUAAAAGACAGCAGAAAUGAAAACCUAGGAGAGAAGAGAAAACAACUGGCUGUCUGCGCCAGGAGAGCGUUGAAGAUCCAAGGUGGCUCCUACCAGUGAGCAACUGAAUGAAGAGGACUCCUGCCUUCCUCUGAGGAUAGGCUCUUUUGGAUAAACGAGAAACAAGUGGACUUCCUCCCAUUCUCAAUUUGCAUUUGUGUCGACUGUGCUCAGAGGAGCAGAGAUCCAGACAGCACAGGCUUCUGAGUCUAGGAGCCCACGUCUUUUGCUCUUCUUCACUUUCUCCUGGGAAAUUCGUGUCUUCCCCUCCAGGCUCUGUCCUGUUUUGUUUUGUUUUCUAAGAUGUCCAUUUUUAAAGCCUGGCUUGUUGUUCUUAAAUUAAUAUUCUUUUAGUCCAUCACCCUACCCCAUCUCCUGCCCCUCUUUUUCACUCUCUCUGCCUUUAAAUUAAACAAGUUCAUUCUUUGGUUUACUAGCUCCUCUGGGUUCCCUUUUGGCUUUUCCCUACAUCCCAGAUAAUUGAGAACUUACCAUCCAGUCUGCCCCCACCAAGUCUACAAAGAGCUCACCUUUCAUUUUUUUCUUGGCAUUUUUUAUUGUGUACUUGGAGUUUGUUAAGUUUUCUAAUACUGUGGAAGCAUUGCUGUCUGCACAGAAUGUCCCAUUGUGGAGAAAAUCUCACUGUGGUAGGAGCCCUUUUUCUUGACUUCGGUUUUUAGAAUUUUGAGCCUCCAUCAGUCUCUGUACUCUGAUAAUCUUUAGUUCUCUACUGAAGGCAGAAUGUCAACAGUGGGGAGAGAUGGCAAACCAGAAGAUUUAGUGGGAAAGGGAGGGUAGAGUGAGAGCCUUUGCACCUUUGGGGUGUGUAUUCACAGUCCUCAGGGCUCAGUCUUUGAGGUGAGUGGAGUUAGAGGGCUCUGCUCUUUUUCCCAUCCUUUCUACCACACCCUUUUCCAGUUGCUAUGGACCAAUGCAUCUCUAGAGGUAAAUAUUACCUAGCCAGCAAUCGUCCCUGUCCAUUGCAAUUGCCCUUCUCCUCGUCUUUCCUGCUAUAAGUGUUUUAGGUAUUACUACCUUAUUUUCCCAAGGACAGUUUUACUCCUGUCCUUGCAAACAGGAUACCACACCUGGGCCUAAAAGCAGUCACUUUUCAGGGCAAGGGCUCCUCCCUCCUUUCCUCCCUAUCUAUGGCACUGAACCACGCCCCUGCUGCCUCUGCAGAAGAGAUUCCUGUUACUACGGCACUUGCAUCUGCCAGGGGUCACUUGGCCACUGUCCCUGUCUUACAGAACCUGAGGGAAAAGGUGGCAGCUGUGUCUCUCCCCAAGUAAUAUCACUAAUUCUGUCCCUUCUCUUCAGCAGUUGGCUUAACCACUUUGAGUCACAGGUGUGGGGUAGGAGGGGAGAGAGGCACUCAAGCUGGAACCCCCAAGGAGGAAAUAACUAAGAGAUUCUUCCAAGGGUAGCGCAUGGUUGUGCCUUUUGUAGGCUGUUCCCUUUGCCUUAAACCCGAAGACGUCUCCUCAAGCCAGUGGGCCGCAUGCCCAAAUUCCCAGACCUUAAGACACUGUGACAGUUGUCUCUGUUGGUCCACUGUGUUUUGUUGCAAGAAUUUCUCCAUGUGUAUUGUUGUUUGUAACUGUUUUGAAGAGCGCACAUAUGUGAUUGGCAUUGUGACUUGAUGAUAAUAAAAUUUAGACAUGUAAACUUA